AAACGUUCUAUUGAAAUACGUAUUGCUACCGAAAACGUCCUUUGCAGGAAUUUGACGACUUCUGUUCGUACGUGAUCGACUUGCCGGGGAGUUUCCCCACUCCGAAAUUCGCAGGGCAAAUUACGCCGCAGGGGUUCAGUCUAAUGUCAAAUUUCGAAGUGAUUAGAUGUGUAUCGGUGUCACUCCGUGGCAGAUUAUUGCUCGACUACGCGGAAAAUUUGGAGAUGUUAGGAACAUGCAACGAAAUUACAAAUGGCGCCACAAAAUUCAAAAGGACGCCAUGAUGACUAAUGGUUUCUCAUUCCUUCCUUUUCAUCCUGUUUUCUGGAAAGGACUUAGUGAUGCUUAAAAAACCAAGAAUAUUUCUUCCAGUCUUUGCUUUUUUUCAUGGGAUUCAACGAUUCCUGUCUAAUGAUAGGCUUCACGAUGACGUUCCACAGGGCACAAUACAUCGAUGACAACGUUCUUCGCAACUAAUCACGAGGUGUUUUGGAGCUGACACACUCUUCUGUUCCUGCCACUGGGGUGAUUCCCCGAACUCAAGGAUGCGGUGGGCAAGGAGACACGCCAGCUACCAUCACUGAAAUUCACCUUCUACCACCUGAAACCUGCGACUGCCAGCCUAAUAAGGCCACCUGGAAUCCGAUCCAAAAACAAAAAGCACCACGAGGACGAAGUACCAAACCUACUCCAUGGAUCUAACGGAGGCAUUCGCCCCAGGAGGGGGUGGGGAAGAUCUGCCAAAGACCGAUUUCUUCGACUUCGUCGUCUCUCCGCCACCGCAUUGUGCCUCCACGGACGGCGUGUCCGACGAAGAAAGCUUCCUGCAUCGUACCACCUGCAGAAGCAUCGGCUACCUCCAGCAAGGUCACGAGGAACACGAAACUAAUCGCGAAUUACACAGCUCGCCGUUCAUCAAAGAAACCAAUAACAACACUCUGACAGCACUACCCCCAGUCUCGACGAUUACUGGCUCCCUCAGCCACCAUCACCACCAUCACCACGUGAGGACGCACCAUAGCGCCUGCAACGUUCAACAGAGCAACGAGCAAACACCGAUGGAUCAGUCGGAUUGCGAUUAUUGGGGCACGGACGAGAGCAAAGAGCAGACCUGUAAUAUACUCUUGGAAGACCUGAACAAGUACUGCUGGUCGGCCCACGCUAAUGCUCAGAGCCACGGGAAUGAUAACGUGAGCGUUCAUCAAGGUUCUAACGAGCAUCAUCAAGGAGUAGGUCGAGGAUGCUCAGCCAACGACAGACAAAAUACGGACGGCGCGAUUUACACGUUGACCGUGUUGAACAACGAAGCCAACUCUAUGGAUGCAUUAGAUUGUUGCAAGAGUCCAGCGCCCACGUCCAGUGAUUCUUGGUCUCUGCGACCGAAUCUAGACCUGGACGCUAUACUGAGCAUGGAACCUGCGUCUACCGAGCAGGAACACGAUCAGACCAGUAGCGUGACCGAAGUGUCGCGGACAGUCAACGACAGGUUUCAUCCAGAUCGUUUCUCUGUUGCAUCCUCCCAAUAUGCUACAGACGACAGCGGAUUUGUCGAAAGUAAGGAAUUAUGCGGCCGAGGAUCAUCCAGUGGUGGCAAUUGCACAGGAGGCGAUAAUAAUAACGAUUGGAAGCUUUCUGAUCAGAAUCUGCAGGAAGCUGCGGCCGCAGCUGCAGCUGCUGUCGCGGUUGGAGCAGGUGACUCGGCGGAGAGUCUUCUAAGAAGCGCUCUUCAAGGAAAAUUGUACACAGGUCCGACUCAAGUAGUUUCGUCUUCCUCGCCGUCUACUCAAGGAUCCACUAUAUCCAUGCCUGUGACGAGCAACGCUGGGUUGCAGAUAGUGUCCGACCAACAACCGCAGCAACAGCAACAACAGACUCAACAACAGCAGCCGCAGCAACAACAGCAGGAUGAAUCUAUGCACACUUGUACCGAUGAAGAUCUGUUGCUGUCCCAGUUAGACCAAACGACCUAUCGUCCCGGUGAUUACGAGAAGCUGAAGAGCAUAGCCAACGAAGUGGUAGAGUCGUACUGCAGUUUGGAGCCCGUUUGCAACGUGUCUGCGACGACAACGGUUAUGUACACGCUAGAUCCAACCAGUGGGAGUCUGGGAACGAUAACUCUUCCCGCGGAUCUGGGCCAAGUUAGCACGGUUACAGUAGUAACAGCGGCUCAGCAGGAUGUUCUACAGCAACAAGCUACUCCUCGAACCGAGGUGGAGCAACAACAGUCCACCAACCAGCUUCAGAUAACUCCGUCCAGAGUGGUCACGACUAAAGCUCCCAAGAAGUACUGUCGACGUACCAACAGAAACAGCAGCAACUCGAACGCAGCCAGCAACGGCAGCAGUGGUUCAGAGACCGGUGGAAGCACCAGUGGCACGCAGCAAGGCGCUUCCGGCGGUUCUCCAGGCAGCGUCCAACGCAAGGAACGUUCGCUGCACUAUUGCAGUAUCUGUAGCAAAGGCUUCAAGGACAAAUACAGCGUCAACGUUCACAUCAGAACUCAUACCGGCGAGAAGCCUUUCGCCUGUUCCUUAUGUGGCAAGAGUUUCCGACAGAAGGCGCACUUGGCAAAGCACUAUCAGACCCACGUGACGCAGAAGCCCAGUGUCCAGCAGCAAGCGACCGGCAGUAGCACCAGCAACAGCGGAAACAGUGGGAAUCCCAGUCCAUCCGGCGAAACGAGUAGCUCGACGACGAGCAGCGUGACAAAUAGGAGUCAACCGCACCAAGUGUCUGUCGAUCCAGCGGGGACCGCCUGUAAUCCACCCAGUUAGUUGCAUUGGGAGAACCAGACGGCCCACACCCGGUUCCCAGUGUCCAGUUGGACGCGUUCGAUCGUUGCUACUCCAUUCUCUAUUCCCGGUGGCACGGUGCGGAUUUUGCACGACGGUGAUGGUCAACGAAGGAUACACCGUGCGAGUCUUCCUCUAUUACUAUUCACUUCUACGUAUCUCUCUUUCUGUCUCUUUAAUUCUUGCUCUUCCUUACCCUCGUUUCUCUGUCUCUCUGUUUCUUCGUACUCUCCGAUUACGAUCUUCGUUCACUUGGAGAGGCCGCGCGGGAAUGAUUUACGACCGGACAGGUCGCGGAACCCCCGGCACAGAGCGAACCAUGACCAAGGAUCGCGAGAUCGGCCAACGUCCAUGGACUAAUUUUUAGACAGGCGUCUCGCGAUCUCGUCUUAGAGAGAAUUUCCUGCUGAUUGGGAGAACGAUCCGGGAUAUUUAUUCGAGUUGCACGCGGCGGUGCUCACGAGUUACGCCAGAAAGAGCGAACUGGUAGCCGCUGGUAGCUGAUCCUCGUAAAACGCAUGGGCUUCAGCGAGCCACGCCGCGGAACGCUCCCUCGAACGCUUUCCUUUCUAGGCGUUUCCGAUAUCGCGUGUGGUCGUUGGAAGAGAUAUAGCGAUAUCGUAAAUUUGCAAAGAAAUAGAAGUUUAUGGACUUCGAGAAUCGAGUAAUUUGAAACGUUUUUGAGAGACUGUUCGAGGACACUUUGAGAGAGGAUCUAGAGCUUCAUUUAGAGUCGACUGAUGUCAAGUCGUUGUCAGUAGCAGUUUUUCCUUUGCUGCGUAUUUUCGAAGAUUUGUUUUCUGAAAGAGACGAUUACAUCUAUAGUGAUGUAUAUAACUUGAAACGAAAACUCACAGCCGAGAUCGUGUAUCGAAACUAAGCUCAACUUGUGUUAUACGGAUUUUUCUAAUUAACACGCGUAAACAUUUGUUUAUUUUCACGUUACGUUUCUUAAGCAUUAACUUAUUCCGAAUUUAUACUCUGCGAGCUAGGAUUUCAUCACAUCGUUGGAUCUAGUAACGAUGAUCGAAGAAGACUAGGAUAAUUUAAAACAAAGAAGGUUCUUGUAAUCGAUGAAUUUAUAUUCUGCAAGCUCAGGUUUUAUAACACGUCGUUAAAUUUAACAACGAUGAUAGAAAUUGCCUUUGAGAAACACGUGUCGGUACCACCGUCUAACCGAAUCUAACGUUUCAUUUUACGACCUCGCUAUAUCUCUUGCAGGCACUGUACCCUUGUCUCACGCGUAACAACGUUUUCUUAAUCGAAUGCCGUCCUUAGAAUCGCGAUCGAAUCGCGUGUCGUGAAUUUAUCCGCUGCAGAAUGAAGCUUCCGGCGACUUCCAUAGCCGUUCCUAUCGCCGAUAUAAAUUUCUGCAUGUAUCGUUCGAUUUUUCUAACGAAUACGAUCUGUGAAUAGCGCACGCGUCUGGAAACUCGCAUUGGCGAUGCUCGUUACGAAGCGUGUUAUUCCGGUCGAUAAGUUCACGAUGAUUAGGUUAAGCAGGCGAGCAUAGAUCGCCCUUUAUUUUUUUAUUCUCAUAAUUAAUUAUUCGUCGUUCGAUAUCGAUUGAUCCAGGUCGUUUAACGUGUCUCGAAAGAAACAAUGGAAUAAAAUGACGGGAAAUGUAAAAGUAUAAAAGCGAAGAGAAAAAGAGAGACGAAUAAAGGUGUGAAAACGCGAGAAAGAGAGAACGUCGAAGGAUUUAAGUAACGUGGUGGGGAGUAGGGAAGUCUACUAAACGAUCUUGAGCGAUCAAUUGAUUUCAAACGAGCUAUAGUCGAAUCGUCGAUCGACGGUGGUUCAACGCGAAACGAUUCGGUGAAAUUGUUGUUCCUAAAACGACUUGUUUGCUGUUUCAAACGAGAGAGAGAGAGAGAGAGAGAAGAAAAAAAGAAAACGACCACGUCGACGAUGAUCGUACACGAUGAUCGAUAUUUAAAUUACCGCUACGAGAUAUUAACGUUGAAGAUAUUUUACAGAGAA